GCUAAACUUCAGAAUGGACCCGACAAGAGCAAAAUCCGUUAGUUCGUAGAGGAGAAACUGUGACCGUCCAUGUCUUGUCCACAGAUAUCAACCCGCUUACAAAGUUAUCGACAGCAAUGUUGAGAGAAAACAUCACUCGAAGUUUGGACAGUAUAGACCUCGCUGCUUUAAGAGAUCCGGCAGGUAUCUUUGAGUUGGUGGAGGUGGUUGGCAAUGGAACCUACGGUCAGGUGUACAAGGGUCGUCAUGUCAAGACAGGCCAACUGGCAGCUAUCAAAGUCAUGGAAGUCACAGAGGAGGAAGAAGAGGAGAUCAAACUGGAGAUCAACAUGUUGAAGAGUUAUUCCCACCAUAGAAACAUCGCUACUUAUUAUGGAGCUUUUAUUAAGAAAGGUCCUGCUGGACAGGACCACCAACUCUGGUUGGUGAUGGAGUACUGUGGAGCCGGCUCUGUGACAGACUUGGUGAAGAAGACCAAGGGGAACUGUUUGAAGGAGGACUGGAUAGCUUACAUCUGCAGAGAGGUGCUCAGGGGUCUUUCCCAUCUUCACUCCCAUCAUGUGAUUCACAGAGACAUUAAGGGACAAAAUGUUUUGCUCACUGAGAAUGCCGAAGUCAAACUGGUUGACUUUGGAGUAUCGGCACAGCUGGAUAAGACGAUCGGUCGAAGGAACACCUUCAUCGGCACUCCCUAUUGGAUGGCUCCGGAGGUCAUCGCCUGUGACGAGAACCCUGAGGCCACCUAUGACUACAGGAGUGACCUCUGGUCUUUAGGCAUCACUGCUUUAGAGAUGGCUGAAGGAGCCCCUCCUCUGUGUGACAUGCAUCCAAUGAGAGCGCUGUUUUUGAUUCCACGAAACCCUCCACCCAAACUUAAAUCAAAGAAAUGGUCGAAGCGUUUCUUGUCAUUUGUUGAUAGUUGUCUAGUCAAGAACCAUCUGCAUCGACCCACUACGGACACCCUGCUGAGACACGCUUUCAUCAGAGACCUGGCUAAUGAGAGACAAGUUCGCAUCAUGCUCAAAGAUCACCUGGAUAGAACCAGAAAGAAAAGAGAGAAAGAGGGUCCAGAGUACGAGUACAGUGGCAGUGAAGAAGAGGAGGACGAGGUGACAGAGGAGGAAGGAGAAUCCAGCUCUAUAGUGAAUGUUCCUGGUGAGUGGACGUUAAGACGGGAGUUUCUUCGUUUACAGACGACAGAGGAUCGUGAAGGGGGCAGAGAGGGAGGCCACGGAGGAGGUGGGGGUCAACAAAGACAACAGGCAUUACAGCAGCACAGGCAGCAGUUGGCGGAGCAGGAACGAUACAAGCAGCAAUUACUGGCUGACAGACAGAAGAGGAUCCAACAGCAACAUGAGCAACGGCAAAAGUUAGAGGAUCACCAGAGGCGGCAGCUGUCAGACUGCGCCUUUCAGUGGCCGGAGCUUCAAGAGAUCAUGCUUGGGGAGGAGUCUGAUCUCCAUGACAACAGAAACUUUCUGGAUGACAGAAACAGGAAGAGUGACAGGAGACAGGAGCAGGCAGGCAGACAGCGGAGUGCCGAUGUGUCAGUAAGGCCUCUGGGCUCCACAGCAGAGCAGAGAGCCGUGGCUCCAAACCAGCUGCUUCAGCACAAGGCCCAGCUCUCCCAGCCUCAGCUACAGCCACAAGCCAAGCCCCAGCCUCUGGCUCAGCAUCAGCAGCCCUCAGCGGGCAGGAGAUCCCACCGCACCCUGCCCAAGGACCAAACGCAGCUCCUGUCGCUGCAGCACGACCACAGACACAGGGAGAGAGAGCGGCAGAGGCAGAGGCAGAGAGAAAAGCCUGUGGCAGCUGUCCAGAAGCUAACAGCUAAUAGUGGGAACACAGCUGCUGCUGCUGCUGCUGCUGCUGCUGCUGCUUCGCCCUGCCGCCCUGCAAACAGCCAGCGCUCAGUGAUGGACUUCCAAGCGUCAAACCUAGCCAGGCUGCUUUCGGCUGCCGGUCUGCCCAGCCAGGUGCACUCUAGGCUGGGCUCUGGGAGCAGCUCUAGUCCUUGUACUCCAGCCAUGCAGAGAGCUCACCUCAACCAGAAUGCCAAUCUGCGCUGUAGUCGAGACGCCCCUCACAGCAGCUCUAUGUCCGAUGUGGCCAUGUCCCCAUUUAGCCCCAUGUCCCCGACUGAUGAUGUCUUCUGGGACUCUGUCACGACGCCACCUAAGGUCCCAGAACGCACUACCUCUAAGUUCUACUGUCAAGAGCUGGUGAUGGGACACAAGAGAGCUGCUUCAAGUGGCAGUCCAGUGUCUGUAGCAGAUAAGAGUGGAAGAUCUGUGUCUCAUGGAGUCUCCUCUACCAGCAGCAACCACCCGGGUUACUUCAAGCUGGAGAGUCCUCUUCUACAGCACCGUCUACAGCAGCACAGGAAGACACAAGAAAACGUAACCGGUGGACAUACGCAAGGUGUAAGAUCUGCUCUCGGUCGGCUUAACAACGCCACAGAAUACUCCUCUUCCAGUGACGAGGUCGGCAGCAGCGAUGACGAAGACCGGAACAGGUCUGGCCUGUCCAACGGAAAGGGGAAAUACUUCAGAGGAAUACCCGAUGGCAUCAUACUGCAACCUCACCACAAUCUUAACCAGAUUUCUCGGAUCGGUUCAGAUGAUACCUACCUGCUACCAGACCUUCUGCAGAAAACCUCCUCCUCCAGUCCUACCCAUAAUGCACUGGGCCAGCAGCAGCGGACACGUGAACUCAACUACUCGCAGUCACCCACAGCCCCUCGAUCCCCGACACACCAGGAACUGCAUGCUGUCAGCAGUCCUACCGGUAAAAACACCUCCUCAUCUUCCUCUUCCUCCUUCCUGUCCUUCAUCGAUCCAAGAUUGAUCCCCAUAUCAUCGCCACCACAGAGCCCUACAGGCAGUAAGGGUGAGCAAAUCAAGAGAGAGAACCACAGGAAGGGCUCCGUGGUGAAUGUGAAUCCAACCAACAUUCGACCACACAGCGACACUCCAGAGAUCCGCAAGUACAAGAAAAAAUUCAACACCGAGGUUCUCUGUGCUGGACUAUGGGGUGUGAAUCUGUUGGUGGGGACAGAGAAUGGUCUGUGGCUGCUGGAUCGAAGUGGUCAGGGGAAAGUCUACUCGCUCAUCAGCAGACGAAGGUUUCAGCAGAUGGAUGUGUUGGAAGGACUCAAUGUGCUGAUCACUAUAUCAGGUAAAAAGAACAAGCUGCGUCUGUACUAUCUGUCCUGGUUAAGGAAUAAAAUCCUACACAACGACCCAGAGGUGGAGAAGAGACAGGGUUGGACCUCAGUAGGUGACUUGGAGGGCUGUGUACACUAUAAAGUGGUGCGUUACGAGAAGAUAAAGUUCUUAGUGAUUGCUUUGAAGAAUGCUGUGGAGGUGUACGCCUGGGCCCCAAAACCAUACCACAAAUUCAUGGCCUUCAAGUCAUUCAGGUCUCUGCCUCAAAAACCGCUGUCUGUUGACCUGACAGUGGAGGAAGGUCAGAGGUUAAAGGUCAUCUACGGCUCCUUGUCUGGUUUCCACGCCAUUGAUGUCGACUCUGGAACACCUUACGACCUCUACCUGCCUACACAUAUCCAGGGUUCCAUUCAUCCCCAUGCCAUCAUCAUUUUGCCAAACAGCGCUGGAACAGAGGUUCUGGUUUGCUACGAAGACGAGGGCAUCUACAUUGACACCUACGGGCGCAUCACCAAGGAUACUGUGCUGCAGUGGGGGGAGAUGCCUGCAUCGGUCGCCUACCUUCAGUCGAACCAGGUGAUGGGUUGGGGAGAAAAGGCCAUAGAGCUGAGGUCUGCCAGCACAGGGAACCUGGAGGGAGUUUUCAUGCACAAAAAGGCCCAGAAACUCAAGUUCCUGUGUGAAAGGAAUGAUAAGGUCUUCUUUGCCUCAGUGCAGUCAGGAGGCAGCAGUCAGAUUUACUUCAUGACUCUGGGACAGAAUUCACUGUUCAACUGGUAGCCACUGGACCUGUUACUCUGGGCUCAACUGGUGGUGUCUGCCUUCAUUACUCCGGGUCUGCCUGGCGAUGCCUUUUUAUAUUUGUGCUGACUUAUGUUCAUCUCCAUGGAUAGCGGACACCAUGCAACGAUCAACUAAAUAUUCCCGGAUCCAUUACUCUGUCUUGUGUAGUUUCAAUGUGAAUGCCACCAAGUUGAGUUGAUCGUAACUCCGGCUGCAGCAAAACUGCUUGAAUCCAUCACUCCGUCCUUCAAUGCUGAUGCCUGAAUCAUCGCUCCUUCAGCUGCAGUGACCUGAAAUUCAACCUCACCCAUCCGUGGACGUGUUGAGAGCUACAACUAGCAGUGUCAGCAUCCAUAAUGUGAAAAGCACCCAGAGCGUUUUCUAAUGUCUGAACUCCAGAGUUACCUGGAGUCUUUCCCAGCAGGAUUCAGGCUGCAAACCAUCAUCACUGCACCAGUGUGGCAGAAAUCAAGACUCCGUUUGUGUCCUGUUUUAUCCAGAUACCUGGAAGCAAAACUGACGGCUUGAUUCUGUUGAUUUCUAAUCAACGCCAGAUCAUCGGGCAACAUCUGGCCUCAAGAUCUCGUUCCUCCUCUCAUCUGUCAGCACUGGGGACCACAACAGUCCGUUCAGUUUGUUCCACACUCAGCCCAUCUCUCCUGGAUCACUUAACCUUUUUUUUUUUUUUUUUCUGAAGGACUCCGUUGUAUCAGUUACUCAGCUAAUUAUGUGUAUAUCAGCUCUUCACUCAUAUUUGCUUUAACAAUGCCUGGCUGGGGUGUAUUACUGGAUCAGCUGCUUCCUUUUCAUCCGAUGAAGUCAAGUCUUAAUACCUGGAUAAUUAUUCUCCUAGUGUAGACCAGGAGAGUGAUGUUUCCUACUCUGGUGUUCAACUGUUGGUUUGUCUUCACGCAAGCGGCCUGUGUGUUAAAAGGAGUGAAACUACAACAACCUUCAACAACCUCACUCACUCCAUGGACAUCAUCUGGGCAUUUCAAAGACAGGGUUGGGGCCAAAUUGUGGACUAAGCAGGACAACUACUGUAUGUCAUUUCACAUUCUGUCACUAUUGCUUGCCAUUUUUUCUUAAUGAUUUUCUCUAAUCAAUUUCCAGAUCCACGAACCACCUGUGUUGUCUGUCUCCAAUACCUCAGCAGUGUUAUUUAUGAAGGCCUUUAGUUGUGUUUAGUUUUCUUCUUCACUGCUAUCAGCGGAUAUCAAGGGCCCAAACAAAUUGGUCACUUACUGUACGAAAUCCUUAUUUUGUUGAUUACCAUAUAGUAUUAUUAGACAGCAUUAUAUUACGCACUACCGAAUGCUAUUUUGUUGAAAGAAGAGUUUAAUUUUUUGUUGUCUGAGCUGACAAUUUUAGGGUGACAUUAAUCCAGUAUAACACCCUACACGUCAUAGAUUCAAUCGGUUAUGUUUAACUGUAUCCUUAGCUGUAAAUAUAUUGCCCAUGCAAAUCUUAUAAUAAGGACAAAUGUCAGAAUUGAAUCACUGCCGUGAAGACAUAGUUCACUGACUUCAGACUAUUCAUUAGGUCAUUCUGUCCCUAAUUAUGAGCUGGAAGUCGACAUUGCUCUCUGCAGAGCCUGAAGUCAUUUGCCAAUUAGGCAAAAGUGAUCUCCUGGGAUACUUGCUGCAUUGCACACUUUGCAUUAAAAUUAGCUGAGUAGGUUUGCUUUAACACGUCCUUAAUACAGUAACCCAACAGUCGUCUUAGAUCCCAGUUUGAGCAUUCACUCCAUCACAGAUCUAGACCAUGUAGUCUUAUUCCAUAAUAAGGACCUUAAGAGCCCUGUACUUUUUCUGUAAUUGCAGUUGUAAUGCACAGCAAAAGUGGUGUACACAAGUAGAGAUACCAAACAACUCCACAGUAACUGACUAGAAAUGCUUUUCUGCAUCUGUUUUGUACAGCUUAGGAUGUAUAUAAUCUUGUAAGAUGCGCUGUUUUCUAAAUGUUUUAUAAUUGACAAGCCAUCCUUUAUGUAUGUGUACAGAAUUAAAGGCUUAUGAAUGUGAAAUUCCAUCCCAGAACAGAGUUCAUACAUGUUAUUUCCAUGAUCUUUGAAAGUUCAGUGUUUGUGAGCACGAACAUGAGCUACUGACAGUGAACUUGAAGGCUCCUGUCCAGGUUUACCAACCUGAUUGAAGUGUUCAAGAUCAAAUAACGUGAAUUCUGUUUUGUGGGUUGAUUUUCUACUAACGUGUGUAAGUCAGGCUCUUUGCACAAUGGCACACCUGUUUUAGUUUUUAGUCACCUUGAGAAAUUGUUUAAGCCUGGAUCUGACGAGAUGCAAUGAGCUGGGCUGAAGAAAGUGAAGAUGCCCUGUUGUUUAGUAUUCGCUGUGUUUUCCUUGAUAUUUUUGUCAUUUACACAAUGCAAGAAACCAAAGAUAAAGGCUUUGAUUUAUUGGCUUUCUUGAAUCCAACUUAUGUAAUGUAAGAUAAUUCACAAAUCACAACUGACUGCUUGAUUUGGAAAGAUAAAGAGAUGAGAUGUUUCUCUGAAAAAAAUCAUCUAUAUUUUCAAGACUUACAGAGUUAAAGGUAUAUUAUUAUAUACUGUACAAAAGACGCCAACUAGACCAACACAUCAGACACGUGGGGGCCUGAAAAAUCUCCCAGGAAUGAUGUGUCUUGCUAAAUUGCAACAAAAUAUAUUCUAUUUAAUGUUGCUAGUGUUCAUAUAUUUAAUAGCUAUGCUUUAGCCAAUGCUAGGUUUGGUAAAAGUGAAGAAAUAAUUGGUUUUUACCUUCAAAUGUGAAUUUGAAAUGUAUCUACUUAUGAUCUAUUUCCAUCAUACAAAUUUUAAAAACUUAGUUGUGUUUUGUGCUACAUUAUCCUCUACAUUAUAUUUACUCUGAAUGUUGAGGCUAUCAAAAAUUUGCGCCAAAUGUUUUGUAUUCAGUGACACGUUGCAUUUUACUUUAUAUUAUGGACUUAAAAGAAAUAUUGCAGCUGGUUCUGUGAGAAUAUUUUAAACUGGAAAAUGAACUUUCUGUCUUAAUGCUAAGUUGUCACCAAAUUUCUUACAGUAUUUGUUUCAGUGGAAUCGAUGUUAUUUCUCCCUGAGAGACCAGACCAGAUAGCUAAACUAAUGUUAACAGGCUAACAGACGCAGAAUUGCUAGCUAACCUGGGCUAAAAAUUUCAGAACCAAGCCAGCUAGCUUGAAAUAGAGUUUCUAGUUCACAUUGCUAGCAAGCCUAUCCACAUAGAUAGUAGAGAGCUUGGUUAGCAGUAGUCACAUUUCCUCUUUUUACACAGUUAGUUAGCUGUGUACAGUUUCCACAUAAGAUAAAAAAAUAUGACACAACUAUAUUUCACAUACUUACGUGUUUUAAGAUAUAAUUAAAAAUAUGUAAAAUUGGAAAAAAUGUAGAAAAAAGUGUUUGUAGACAAUUCAAAACAUAUUUUGGACACUGGAGACAGACAUGCAUUCAGAUUUACUGUAUAUGUGAAUUUUAUUUCGCCGAACAUGACAUGUCAUGUUUAGAAUCAGGCACUGUGCUAGCUUGUGGUCAGCUUUGGUCAGGUCUGGUCAGGUCUGGUCAGCUGUUAAAUCGUGGCUGGCACAGCACAACACAGGUUUGGCCAGGUUCCUGAGCAAGACCCCGGCCAUCAGAGUCCAGACAGGACCGGCGACCAGACCACAACUAGUCCUAAAUUACCACAGUGUCCGGCAUGUGUUCAGCUCUUCAUUCACAUGGACAAUGAACAGUAACGGUGUACAGUAGCUAGCCUGUAUUUGCUGCACUCCACUGUCCAACACGCUCCGUCAUAGACGUCCGGUUAGCAACAGUGCACGUGGUGCUGGUAAGCACAAGUUAACAAAUUAGUUAUUUCAUUAAUCUCCAUUUGCACCGGUCCUUUUGAUUUACUUUUUCAGUUCUCUCAUUACAAAAUAAAGUUCAGAAUUGUGAGAAUGUCGUUACAGAUUGAUUUCAUGUCCCUACUUUUUAAAGCAAUAAUGUAUAUGUAUGAGUAGUCUACCACUGAUUAUUGUCCUCCAAUUAUAUUACCAUGACAGAUUUUAUCAGGUGAGUUAUAAUGAGUCUUGUAAUGAGUGAUACAUGGAAGUAUAUCAAACCGGUUGCUGUCCCUAUACUGUCGAAUUUGAGCUCAGAACAAAGGUUACAGGUUACAGCUAUGUUGUUUGAUUUCUAAGGACAUUUUAGGUUGUUUUCUCUACAUUGUUCCACUUAAAAAAUAUUACUCUAAAUGUGCCAAUUUUCCAUUUGAUAUGACAUUUAACAAAAUGUUUUAUCUGCAUCGUUCGUCAUCCUGCUUUAAGAAACAACAUAGAAAUCAGUUCUGCUACAAGAUAUCCAGUCGCACAUGCGUUAUAUAUCAGGGUUCAUCCAUUUGCCAUCUAAAGCUACAGUAUUGAGACAAAAUGGGGACAUUUUUGUGGGUUCUUCGAGUCUUCUCUGUCUUCUCCUGCACUUUGUCUUCGUGUGCUGAACAUUUGACUGUAGCUGUAUCACUAAUGAGAGCGAGAGAUCAGUGCACUUCCGCCUACACCUUCCACUGGUUAAGAUGAUGACAGAUUCUGUUUCAGGCCCGCAUUGACUCACAUCUCCAACCCUCCCACCAACUCUUUUUCUCUCACUUUGUCAACACGUCUCUUCUUACUGCUUCCUUUCAUUUCCUCUGCAUCUUUCGCUCCACUCUCUCCUCUACCCAUCUACACCUGUCAUGCUCUCUGUUACCAUGUAGUACCGUUCUCUGGCUCUUUGUUCCCAUGCCUAAUUCGCUCUUAUAGCUCUUUCUCUCGUGUCAGAUCUCUCCAUCCACCCCCAGCCCUGUUGAAGGACUCUUCAGCCAAUUCAGGAAAAGUUUUAUUUUCGUUUGUGUCAUUGGAUUGGCUGGGGUGGGAAAGUAUAUUGCAUUUCUAUUACUUCUUGUUAUUUAGUUACAUACAUCAUCAGAUAUGCGAGAUUUGAGAUGCGAUGCGUGCAUCAGACUUUCAUGAUAAAGGAAAUCAUGACGUGUAAACAUGAUUCUUUAUAACAACAUUACCCAUCUAUAGUACAUAUCAGUGUGUGUGUAUAUAUAUAUAUAUAUAUAUAUAUAUAUAUUACAUCAAAUUCUUUUGGCAUAAUUGACCAAUUUAAGAGUAAAAGAGUCAUGAAAACAGACCACAGAAUUAACCCAAACCCUGGUUUUUGCUCAUUGGUGAAGUGGGAUGAAGCAUGAUGCAGAAAAAUGCUGAUACAAAGCAGCUCAAAUUUGUUGCAUAAGGUUUGCUAUUUAACCUUUGCAGAACUGUGGCUACAAGUGGCGGUUAUGGGAUAUUGGUGAAUGCUAAAACAUAGUGUAACUGUUGCACAGGUAGAAAAGAGUCAGAAAGUCAGUGAACUGACUAAGUAAUGUCAGUUACACAGCAAUAUCUAUCUAAAGUUUGCUAACAUUAGCUAUCAUUAGCCACUAUAAGGAACUGGUCAUACUAGACCUAGUAAGGCUGUAGAGGCAAAACACCUCUAUUGGUGUACUGAAUUGAUCAAGAGUGCGUUUUUUGAUUAUUAAUUUCAUUUUUAAGAGGAAGAAUGUGUUGUUUCUUCUUUCAAAAGUUACAUAGUUUUACAUUAAGCGCUACAACUGUUAUUUUCCAGCCUGUUGAUGAGCAAAAGUCUGAGGAUGAGCUAUGCGGUUCUAAAGAAAGUGUGUGUUUGUGUGGUGUGAUGUAGAUUGGGAACAGGUGUUCAAUAAGCAGGAAUUCAGUCUGUAAGGGAAGGAAGGAUAGAGUUGGAGAAGGCAGUUGGUGGCUUGAGUCAGGUGUCAGUUAAUAGAUGAUGGAUGUUGCUUUCAAUGCACAAUUAAAAAAGUGUAUAGGCUAUAUUUUUUUUUGCUGUAGCAUACAAUAAUCUUUGGUAUCAAAAACUCAAUUUAAGAAAACGGUGGGAAAAAAACUUGUUGUGAGUAAAACAAUGUAUUUAUCAGAGCCAAAAAUGGGACCAAAACGCACAUGUGGAUUGAGAAUUUAUAGAUAAUGAUGGUUAUGAUGAGGAGGAAGAGGAAGUGAAGAUGUGAGGGAGAGGGACAGCAAUUAUAAUGAGCCUUUUUAGGUUUGCUCCAUCCAUUCAGCUUCCUGAUAGCACUCAUUGUAAAGAACCAAUAGGCUGAUAGUGAUAUAUUCUAGACUGGUUUAGAUUAACCAACAAUUUACACUUACAGUCAGUAUAUUGUGGACUAACUUGAAGUUACCCAACUCUAAAGACACAAGCUUGCAAUAUGGAGUUUUUGAUGUUAUGUGACACACAGGACAGUUGUGUUCUUAAAAAUUGUAAAUUAUAUAGAGAAGUUGAGAUUAUAAAAUACCAAAUAUUAUAUAGAUAUAUAUAUAUAUAUAUAUUUAUAUUUAAGAAUAUAUAUUCCUCUUAACCAUUUCAUUUCUGUACCAUUAUAGUUGAUCCUUUUGUUACUUUGUUUUAUUUUUUGCACUGGACCUAAGUUUGAUGCAUCAUAUACUGUAACCCUCCUGCUUUGAGAUGAACACACACUAACUUGUGUUUCCAUGUAAAGAGGCAAAAGACAGUGAGACAACAAUAAAUAUUUUGAAUUGA